GAUUGGAGAUCAGUCGAAAGCUAAAAAACCAGUGAAACCAAAGCAAACUUGAGCCGUCAGUAAUUCCGCUUCUGCCUGAUCCGAUUCUUUCAUUCGAGCCACUGCAGAGUCGCGUCAGGGAAAAAUUUGAGACUAAGGGUUUCAUCCCUGACCCGAGUGGUUAAUUUUACUCCCAAAUUGGCCAAAUCUGACAAGCAUCACCAUGUCGCUGCAGCCAAGGCCAGUCAAUUUUGACGAGAUGUGGGGCAAAUUGGAGCCCACCGUGCAGGGUGUCAUCAAAUUGGGAAACGUUCCUAAAUCUGACUGGAAUGAAGGAUUUGGACACGUUUAUGCCCUUUGUGUGGCCCAGCCAGAUAUUUUGGCAGAUCCUCUUUAUGAUAAGACUCAACUGUUCCUGGAGAACCACGUCAGGGAGCUGCUUCAAAACGUGAAACAGUACCAGGGUGUUGACCUUUUGAAGGCGUACAACGAAUACUGGAACACGUACAAGGAGGGUUGUCAGUACCUUCACCUCUUGUACAUGUAUCUCAACACUCAGCACAUUCGGAAGUCCAAGUUGGGUGACGCCGAGUUGCGGUUCGUUGACAGUGCCAUGCAGCAGGUUGAGCAAAUGGAAAUUGGAGAAUUAGGUCUCUCGGUCUGGAAAGACGAAAUGAUCAUGCCUUUGAUGAAGGAAAUAGUUGGCUUGCUUCUCGAAGGAAUCCAGCAGGACCGCGAUGGAAGUGCUUCAUAUCAAAUGACAGCAAUCAUGCAAGGGGUAAUCAACUCGUUUGUCUGUGUGGAAGAAUACAAGCAAAAAAUGCAACAAGAACUGUAUGAAGAAAUCUUUGAGAAGCCUUUCCUUGAGGCUAGUGGAGAUUACUACAGAAAAGAGGCCAGCAGAAUGCUGCAAGAGUAUGACAUUGCUGAAUAUAUGGAACGAGUUAUUCAAAAGCUGGAGGAAGAAAUCAAGAGGAGCAACCGCUACCUUUACAAGACCUCCUUUGAAAAGGUCCGCAGCAAAUUUGAGGAGCACUUCGUCGAAAACCACAAGGAUAGGCUUCUCAGCGAGUGCCCAGGAAUGGUUGAGGGAGAGAGGAAAAAGGAGUUGGGGAAUUUGUAUAUCCUCCUGAAGCCGCUUCCUCAACACAUGAACCACCUGAUAAAUGCUCUGCAAGAACACAUCCAGAAGAAAGGCCUGGAGAGCAUCUCAAAUCUGGGAGGCGAAAACAUCCACUCGCAGUUUGUGGAAAACAUGCUGGGAGUUCAUAAGAAGUACAGAGACCUCAUCAGGGAGGUCUUCAAAGAUGACCAGAACUAUGUUGGUGCUCUCGACAAAGCUUGCACCCUUGUCAUAAAUCACAAAAGUAACCCGAGGUCGGCAUGCAAGUCUCCUGAAAUGUUGGCCAAGCACUGUGACUCGCUGCUGCGUAAAACAGCCAAGGGGAUUUCUGAGUCGGAAGUGGAAGAGAAACUAGGCCAGUCGAUCACUAUUUUCAAGUACAUUGACGACAAAGACGUCUUCCAAAAAUUCUACUCUCGCAUGCUGGCAAAGCGUCUAAUCCAGCAGAUGAGUCAGUCCAUGGACUUGGAGGAAGGAAUGAUCAAUAGAUUGAAGCAAGCGUGUGGCUACGAGUUCACCAGCAAGCUGCACAGAAUGUUCACUGAUAUCAAUGUAUCUAGUGAUUUGAACGCUCAGUUCAAUGAUUCGCUGCAGAAGGAUGGCUAUGAGCUUGGAAUAGGAUUCUCUGUAAAUGUGCUGCAGACGGCUGCUUGGCCCAUCAGCAAUAUUAACUCCACUCCAAUCACCCUGCCCUCUGAGCUUGAAAACGCUGUACAAAAGUUCGAAAACUUUUACCACACGCGGUUUAGUGGCAGGAAAUUGACUUGGAUUCAUAACUUAUGCCAAUGUGAGUUGCGGUUCAACUACCUCAAGAAAACUUAUUUCAUCACAAUGAACACUUAUCAAAUGGCAAUUCUGCUACUCUUCGCAAAGACAGACAAACUCAACUACUCGGACAUCAAGGAGACCCUUUCAAUACCUGAGGAGGCUCUGAACAAGCACAUUGCUAGCUUGGUAGAGUGCAAAUUCCUCUCUUCAGACACAGAAGCUAUUGCUUCAGAGAGCCAGUUGUCUCUGAACAUGAGCUAUAGCAACAAAAGAACCAAAUUCAAAAUCUCAGGCGCAAUUCAACGAGAGUUGCCCCAGGAGUCUGAGCAAACCAUCAGUGCCGUUGAUGAUGAUCGGAAAAUGUAUUUGCAGGCAGCAAUCGUUCGCAUCAUGAAAUCACGGAAGUCACUUCGUCACAACGAUCUUAUUACUCAAGUGUUGGCUCAAAACAACGGAACUUUCACUCCUUCAAUCAGUAUGAUUAAAAAGAGCAUCGAAUCGCUGAUUGAGAAGCAGUACUUAGAGAGGACAGCAAACACAACAGAUUUCUACAGUUACAUUGCUUAAAGCAAUCGUUUUUGACUCGUCGGUGAAAGAUUUAUGACGUUCAUUCUUAUGUUCAAACAACCGAGUCAAUGCGUGCCUAAAAAUCUCUACAAAUGUGUUUUUUCUUUCUUUUUAUCAGUGACAGACCGUUUUUUUUUUUUAAUUUUCCUGCCUGAAAAUAUGAUGUAAAUAGGAUUUAACUGGUGUAACAUUAUUUGAUGUGUACCACUUUUUGGUCUGAUUAAUUAUGUUACCAGAGAAGAUGGAAAUUUCUUAAGCUUGAAUUGUAAUCCCUAAUUUGGUUUCAAUCAAAAAGGUUUGAAAUAUCAUUCUCUACACUUGGAAACUCCUGCAUUUUACAUUAAAUUUUUACUUUGCAUGUUUUAAGUGGUCUAAAAUGUCUGAAGAUGUAAAAAUGGAUGAUAAUAAAUUCCUUAAUUCAUAAACU